AUGAGUUAUAUUCACCCCUCGUGGAAUCAUCCGGGUCACCAGGGUAUCCCAAUGGACCAAUAUAUGGCAUAUGACCCAUCCAUGGUUCCUCCUCCGAUGAUGCACCCUAUCGACGGUUAUAUGUACCCGCACCCACCAAUGGAGAUGAUCGACUACUACCACCAACCGAUUAUGGACUACGACGAAUACACAGAAAAUCUGUCGCGACCACGGUUGACCAAGGAACAAGUCGAAACUCUGGAGGCCCAAUUCCAGGCCCAUCCGAAACCAAGCAGCAACGUUAAGCGUCAAUUGGCGGCUCAGACAAAUUUGAGUCUGCCUCGCGUGGCAAAUUGGUUCCAAAAUCGUCGCGCAAAAGCCAAGCAACAGAAACGCCAGGAGGAAUUCGAAAAGAUGACGAAGGCCAAGGCCGAGGCUGAGGAGGCUGCUCGCCGGAAAACAGAGACCUUGGAUCAAAUGUCUGGAUCCCGAAAAGGAUCGAUCGUCAAGGAGGAAUCGGAUAAAUCCGCCACUCCCAAGCAAACACCUACUUCCACAUCUAGCGGCCAUACCAAGACAGAAUCCACAUCUAGUCGUUCUAAGCACCACAAAACAAAGAGCGAGUCGGCAAGAGAAGCAACUUUUGCAUCUCUGCAGAGGGCGUUGAAUGCUGCUUGUGCUGCUCGGGAUCGAUUCGGUCGCCGGAUCAACCCUCGGGGUAAGAACGAGUCUGUUCCCGAAGAGGAAGAAGAAGAUGAAGAGGAGGAAGCAGUGUCCCCUAGCUCAAUGCCACCACCAAAAACGGCCACUUCAGCUCAUGACCAUGGGAAUCUUGCCAACAUAAACUCUUCCUUCUCGGGCUGGUCUGGUCUCAAGGAAGAACCAACUUGGGGAUCCGGCGAGCACAAUGAGAAUGUGGGAUACAGCAGUACAGAACAUAACUCAUAUUCUACUUGCCACCAAUCAAUGGCAGAGAUGCCAAACCCUUCUCACACUAUGCAACAGAACAUGGACGUCUACUCGAACCACCUGCCCACUCAUAGGGAAGAGUGGUCUGAGGACAGGGAAUCACGACACAAUAGCGUCGUCUACAGCAACAUGCAAUAUCCGAUGUCUAUGCAAGCACCAGAUAUCUCGGUUACACGUCGUGGGUCGUCUGAUGCGCUGACUGCCUCACUGGAAGGCAUCGGAAUAUGUACUCCCGGUCAAUCUGGACUAUCCCAAUCUCUCGAUCGAGUGGACCCGAAUUGCUGGAAGGAACCAGGCAAGGAGCUUGAUCUCGCCGCACGCCGCAAGCGCCCUCGCCCCGCUGCCAUCGGCACCUCUGGAGCUCGUCCUUUGGUUAACUCAACCUCGAUGUCCUCGCUCUCGCCUACCGGUCGUAUUCCUAGCUCUAGUGUCGGCAAUUCGAUGAGACAAUCCAAGUCAGCUCAGUGCCUCAACUCCCGAUAUGCCGGUGUGAGGAAGGCCUCAGCUGUCCAGCGGUCUCCUCUCAAUUUCACUUUUGCGGAUUCCGGGUCUAUCAAGAAGGCCGAGAAGAUGCUACGACCUUCAGUCUCGACCACUAGCCUAGCUCCACCCACUCCCUUGACUCCACAAGAUCUGCAGCACUUCAUGCCUGUCUCCCCCACGGAAAGCAACUACUGCUUGUCGGCCCACACCACAGCCCACUUCUUCCCUACCUCCCAACCCAUGCAGGUCAACAUGGCAUCACCUCCUACCACGCCAAUGGAUAUUUACUCUCCCUUCCCUUACCACAACGUCGCCCCGCCCAUGUCGGCUCCAGCCCAUGUCUCUACCUUCCCCGAAUAUAUUACAUGUGACUCGAUGCCCAUGCCAACUCACAGCUGGGCUGACACCGCUUCCAUCUCUUCGCCCGAGUACCCGGCUGGUCUCCAGGUGGCUCAUUCAACCACUGUCUCACCCAUGGGCUAUAACGCCACCAUCGACCCCACCGGACAGGCGUUUGGCAUGGAAUCGGUCUCCGGCUCCCCCUCUUUGAUCUAUUCGAUUGAAGAUACUGACAUGCCAGGCUCUGCCGAGCUUGCAGAGCGGAAGCGCACUGAAUUCAUGAUGCAUGAAUUCCCAGAGCAUGAUGCGGGGUUUGGUGGGCAUCACUUGCCAUCAAUGCAGAAGCCGAAAGCAUACACAUUCACGAACAAUACAACGCCAAGUAACUUCCCUUCCUAA